AUGAAGCCUCAACGAGUAAUAUUCCUUCUACUCUUUGUCUCCCUCCUAAGCUUCUCUUCAACAACCGAAACAUCUUCUUCUUAUUCAACAACUCCUCCGAUUACACAGAGUUUUAGAGAAGCUCCCGAAUUCUACAACUCGCCGAAAUGCCCCUCUAUAUUCUCCAACGACGAUCAAGAUUCCGGCGCCGACGUCCCAGAUGAUACUACUACUACUAGCAAUGACGGCGAAGAAGGGUUCAAUAUUGUGAAUCAAGAAGAUGAAGAACGUAAUUUCAUCUGCGCCGACAACGGCGUCCACGUGGCGAUGACUCUAGAUUUAGCUUACAUCCGGGGAUCAAUGGCGGCGAUUCUUUCCAUCCUCCAACACACUUCUUGCCCGGAGAACCUCAUCUUCCACUUCGUCACUUCCGCCUCCGCAAACGCGUCCCUCUUAAGCGACACCAUCGCGACUUCUUUCCCUUACCUCAAGUUCCAAAUCUACCCGUUCGCUGACACCGCCGUCGCCGGAUUAAUCUCCACCUCCAUCCGCUCCGCCUUGGACUGCCCACUCAACUACGCCCGGAGCUACUUAGCCAAUCUCCUGCCGAUUUGUGUCCGGAAAAUAGUUUACCUCGAUUCCGACUUGGUCUUAGUCGACGACAUUGUGAAGCUCGCCGCCACUCCGCUCGGCGACGACAAGGUCCUCGCCGCGCCGGAAUAUUGCAAUGCCAACUUCACCACCUAUUUCACUCCGACCUUCUGGUCAAACCCAGCUCUUUCUUUGACUUUCGCGAACCGGAAACCGUGUUACUUCAACACCGGAGUUAUGGUCAUCGAUCUUGACCGGUGGAGGGCCGGAGAUUACACGACGAAGAUCGAGGAAUGGAUGGAGUUGCAGAAGAGGAUGAGAAUAUACGAGCUGGGUUCUUUACCGCCUUUCUUGCUGGUAUUCGCCGGGAACAUAGCUCCGGUUGAUCACCGGUGGAAUCAGCAUGGUCUCGGCGGGGACAAUUUCCGGGGGCUUUGCCGGGAUUUGCAUCCGGGUCCGGUGAGUUUGUUGCAUUGGAGCGGGAAAGGGAAACCUUGGGCAAGACUGGAUGCUAAUCGGCCAUGUCCGCUUGAUGCUUUGUGGGCACCUUAUGAUCUUCUCAAGACUCCAUUUGUCUUCGAUUCUUGA